UUUUCAAAUUUAUUGCAUCGUCUCUUCUCGGUCCUUCCUGUUUUCCAUUUACUUUCUUCUUAAUUUAAUAAUUUUUUCCUCUGUUUUUCUGCCCUUGAUUUAAGGUAUUUUUUUGUGGUUUGGAUUGCCUGCGCUGGAUUAGCUGUUCGAUCGAAGCACGUAAAGUGUGCCUUAACUCUUUGUUUCCGUUGCUUUCACGAGAUUUUGAUGAUUCUUAGUCGGCUGGAUUUAUAGUUUCUUGUUUGGGGAAGAGAGAUCGAUCCGGCUGGUCAUGGACAUGGACAUGGCCAUGGCCAUGGCUGACGACGGUACUGGAGACUACUCGAACGCUGGUGUUGCCGCUGAAGAGGGUCAUCCAUGGAUUUCUCCGAUGGCGGCCGGAGCGCGGAACUUGGCCUGGGACCUCCUCGUCGACAACCAGCCUCCGCUCUACUCCCAAAAUUUCGACUUUUUCAGGAAGGAAGAUCAUCACGAAGGCUUCAUCCCUGCCGGCGUCAAUCCUCCUGGGAGUGUUCUGCUGCAGGAGUCCUUGGUGAACAGUUUGCACCGGGGGAGCCUCGGCGGUGAGUCGUCGGUGAGUCGGGAGAUGGCGACGCAGUGCAAGGAGUGCUCUGUGAAGGCGGAAGGCGAGGGUCGAGUCGAGUCCGGGUCCGAGUUGGGCAGCGACGAUGAGGAGGAGCAGGGGACGCGGCGCCACGGUAAGCACUCGAAGAACCUCCACGCCGAGCGCCGGCGGAGGAAGAAGCUCAACGACCGGCUCUACGCUCUGCGCGCGCUGGUCCCGAAGAUCUCCAAGAUGGAUAAGGCGUCGAUUCUGGGAGACGCCAUCGAGUACGUGAUGGAGUUGAAGCGGCAAGUGAAGAAUCUGGAGGACGAGCUCGAAGAAACAAAUCAUGACGGAGAAGGCCACGGUAAGCAGAUCACCGGAGAAAUCCCAGCAAAUCUAAAUGCGUGGAUGAGCCAGGCAGCGGAUCGCGACGACUCCACGAACAACUCGAGGAUGGUCACCGGAGACGCCGACAAACCGUCCGCCGCCGCCAUCAAAAGAAAUCACGAAAGCAUGAGCAACGGCGACAAGGACCAGCAGAUGGAGCCACAGGUGGAGGUGAGGCGACUGGAGGCGAACGAGUUCUUCCUUCAGGUGCUGUGCGAGCACAAGCAAGGCGGCUUCGCGAGGUUAAUGGAGGCGGUGAGCUCGCUGGGAAUGGAAGUCAGCAAUGCAUCCGUUACCACAUUUGGCAGCUUGAUCUUGAGCGUCUUCAGAGCCGAGAAUCAUUUGCAGAGGAGAGAUGAUGAGGAAGUGGUGCAAGCAGAGGAGCUGAGGGAUUUGCUGCUGGAGGUGACUCGAGGUCCGCCCCGGCUGUGGCCGGAAUCCAUGGAGAACGGCGGCGGCGGUGGAGAGCAGAAGUGCCGCCGGCGCCUCCGCGACCACCCAAUCGACUUCGACCACCAACAGUUUCAGUUCCUCCACCAUCAACAACCUUAAUUAGCUCAUCGCCUUCCUGUUCUUUACCUUGUUCUUCGUUUUGGAUUAAAGAAUGAAUAACGAGUAGUUGAU